GAAGAGGGAGUGCUCGAAUCUAAACAAUUCAAAAUACGUUUUGACGGCUCGGAUGCGCGCAGAGUACCGACCGCCAGAGAAAUCCGAGGUCGAGUCGAUUGCCGUUGCCCCCCAUAACCUCCGUCACAACUCUUCCAUGUAUACAUAAGGAAAUCUGAUUGGUGAGUCAAUGGUGAAAACACACGCCUCUCUGAUAAAAGCAAAAAUAUCUCACCCGCUCGCCCUCUUCGCUCUCUCCCUCACCAACCACCAAAAAAUCUAGGGUUUCCCGCACCCACCCACGAGAUCCCAUCCCAAUCCCCCCAUUCAAAUUUUUAGGGUUUUCGAUUCCUGUAAAAAAAAAAAAGAAAAAAAAGAAUUCAGCUUUCGUUAGUUUAGCUCUGAAUUUAGUGGUAGAAGUGAGAGGAUAUGGCGUCUGAAGAGGUGGAGUACGAGAGUGAUCCCGAGGAGGCGAAGCGGGCGUUGACAAUGCGGAGGAGAGAGGCGAGCGACGACGAAGGAGAAGAAGAAUCGGGUGGCGAGUCGGGCCCGCCGCCGAGGAGGGUCGAAUCUAGGGAAUCUAGGGUUGGGAUUGUGUCAGACGGCGGGGAAUCCGACGGAGGAGGCGCACCGGCCGAGUACGAUGAUGAUGACGAAGAGUUUGGGGUUGAGGAGGAAGAGGAAUUGGAGGAGUAUGAAGAGGAGGUUGUGGAAGGGGAAGAGUAUGAGAGGAGUAGUGGAAAGGAAGGUGGAGAAGGGGAGGGGGAGGGGGAGGGGGAGGGGGAGGAGAGAGAUAGGGAUGUUGGGGAGUCAACGGAGGAGGUGAAUAAUGAGGGUGGAGAGGAGGGGAAGAAAGAGAAUGAGCCGUUCGCCGUGCCGACUGCUGGGGCUUUUUACAUGCACGAUGAUAGGUUUCGCGACAGUGCUGGUGGUCGAAAUAGGCGGACACUUGGUGGUGGAAGGAAGUUGUGGGAGUCCAGAGAUUACAAGAAAUGGGGUCAUGACAAGUUUGAGGAGAUGACACUCCACGAUAGACCUCAUGAAGAGGGUAUGAGGAACUCUAGAGGUCGUUACCGAGCUCGUGGCAAAAAUCGAGGUGCAGAUCAUGGAUAUCCUGGAGGAAACAAGUCCAAAGCGUACAACAAUAGCAAUCAGAACAAUGGACAUAAAGCUGUGAGAGGAAGAGGCCCUAGAAGGUACGAGCCUUCUAAAAUGAACAACAUUGUGGCACCUCCAACACAAGUUACACAACACCGACGUGGAUAUGGGAAGUCAACUGAGAAAACUCCUCAUACUUCUUCUGGAAGAACGCCUGUGUCCACACCAAAUACAGAAUCUGAUUCAGUUCCUGCUAGGAAACAAGUGGUUGCAUCAAGCUUGAGUUCUGCUUCCCCUCCAUUUUAUCCUUCUGCCUCUUCCAAUAAAGAAAUUGCUUCGACACAAAAAAGGGAAAUACAAGCUGGGACUAUCUCACAAUCCAAUACGAUGAUAAGAGGAAAAAAUGUCGUUAAUGCCGGUGGCAUGGAGAAGGUUUAUAUCAAUAAUUCUGUUUCUCCUAACCCUGGAAAGCCUUCAACCAGCUUGCAGUUGUCACCUUCUGGAUCAUCUUUAGUCAACAACACCCAAGCUCUCCACCCAAGGGCUCACGGGGGAGGUGUAGCGCUCUCUGGGCAAGGGACUUUUCAGCGAGGAGCACCUCAUAACCUAGUUAGCAGAGCUUCUCCGCCAGUCCAACCCCAUAAUAUCCAGAGAAUUCCUGCUCCAACCAGAGUUCAACCUUCUGUUCAGCAGUUGGGCCAGCGACCUGGUAGUGGAUCUCAAACUUCAUCUCCACCAAAAGCAGGUAGUUCUAUGAAUUCUUUUGGUUCUGGAGAAUUGGAGUCUCCUCCAGAAUCAAGUAAAUCCAAGACUGCAUUAGUUGGAAACGGCAGUGUACAAGUUAGUGGAAGGAGCUCCUUUCUUUAUGGUGGAGCUCAACUUAUGGGUGCCUCCGGGAAUAUGGGAAGUGGCCGUGGUGAUCAGAACUUUGCUGCAGCUCCAGCCUUCUUGCCAGUUGUGCCAUUUGGGGGCAAGCAUCAAGGUGGUAUGGGAGUGCCUGCUGUUGGCAUGGCCUUCCCAGGUUAUGUCGCUCAACCACAACUUGGGAUGGGGAAUUCUGAGAUGACAUGGCUACCGGUUUUGGCUGGUGCAGCGGGAGCUUUGGGGGCAACAUAUUGUUCACCCUAUAUUUCUGUUGAUGGUGCUUACCAAUCCCGUCAAUCAGGCCAGACAUCUUCAUCAGGAGCUUCCAGCAAAGAGAAUGAUAUAAAUAAACCAAAUAGUGAUUGGAAGCCUUCACAGAGACCCGAGGUUGCGAGGGAUGAGUUCAGUCAACGGCAAAAAAAUACUCGUAGAUAUACAGAGAUGAACUUUGGCCAGUGAAGUACUUAGACAAGUCAAGGCUAUUUGAAUAAGCAGAUAAAGGUUGACUUUUCUUUAUCAAAGUUUGGAAGUUCCAAAAUUCUGAGUUGUGCUUUCUUGGCGCUGAAGGCCUCCUUCGAGGCCCUUUGUGGUCUCUGGAAUUUGUUCUGGAGCACUUUGGGCCGGAGUAUACCCGCUGAUAUUUUAGGUACAUUUGACAAACGCCUGCUCAUGCUGUGGUCAUCGGAAAACAAAGCAGCUUGACGGGUGGCAUUUGUGUGUGUAAACGUGCGCAGGUUUUCAAGUUGCUUUGUUUUUUUUUUUCUCGGUGAAGCUUGUGAGAAUUGUUGGUGGGCUUCUUCCAGAGUUCGAUAAAAGUACAAUAUUACAAAGCAGCAUCUGUUCCCGCGGUGAAGUUUUAAGUUCUCUAUUCUUAAGGAAUGGUGUGUCUUAGAUUUUAAUCCAUCUGUGACGCCCUGAGGUUUUAAUCCAUCUGUGACGCCCUUAGGUUUCUUGGUCAUUGCCUUAGUUUGAGGGUGGGUUAUAAUAUUUUCCAUUUAUCUUCUUUAUUUAAGUUAAAAGGACUUGGUAAGUGUUAUGAUUGUUUGGAAUAGCACAGGGAUUUUAUAAAAUUUUCUUGGGAACUUGCUAUGCAAUGGAAUAAGUGAUUGCGAGUAUUGUAACUUUUGCCUCGUUUUUGCAUUUAUUUUCUAGUAUUUUUGACGAUGGAACAGAUUCUCCCCUGUUGUAAUAAGGUAUUGGACACAUUGUGUUGGCAUAUUUGUGGGCUUUUUUAGAUUCACAUCGAGGAUUGGAAUUAUUUA